AAAUCAGCUGUUCCAGCUUCUAAUUUAGUCAGCACAAUUGCUACUUCUAUUUAAUUACAGAUUAGAGGUAGACAACUCUGUUAAAUAUUUCCAAUUGUCCUUCACCACAUAAAAAGUCACUGCAUUCAAACUAGCUGGAAACUUCUACAUGUAACCAGAAACCCAAGGAUGUUUCAAAAACCGUGUUUACAUGGGAGCGAAAAUCGAUUGUAGAAGUGAAAAUCUGGCAGCUAAACAGCAUUUGCAGAAUAGGUUUUCGAAGUCUUUUCACCAGUAACGAAAGGCGGUUUUGGGAAUCCCAUGUAAACAUACCGCAAUGUUGUUUAUCUAUUUGCGCCACUUGCAUUUCCUCCCGCUCGCCGCGCCCUGUCAAUUGUGUGAAGAAAAGUGCGCUUGUCUUUGCAGAUAAAGUGAAGGGCGAAUGUUUGUUGAAAUAGGUAGACCAAAAUGAAUCAGAAGACGCCUGUGUCAGUGUUACAAGAGCUAAUGAUGAGAAGAGGAUACACUCCGCAAUACGAACUUAUUGUGGAUGGUACAGGAACUCACGAUCCAAUAUUUAAAUACAAAGUUACAGCUGCUGAUAUUACUGCAAUCGGUGAUGGUAGAGCUAAGAAGGAAGCGAAACAUGAAGCUGCAAGGAAGGCGUUGUUACGACUCAACCAACCAGAUCCUGCUGUAAAUGUUGCUGAGGUUGAAUCACCAUACAAGGAUAAAACUCAGGAAAAUUCUGUUGGCUUGCUAAUUGAUUUGUGUGCUGGACAUAACUUACCGCCGCCUGAGUUUGAUCUUCUUAAAGACGAAGGACCAGCUCACGCCAAGCAGUUUACCAUGUCGUGUACCGUUUCAAAGAAUCAAAAGAUUGCAACAGGCCGAACGAAAAAGCAAGCCAAACAGCUCGCAGCUCAAAAGCUGUAUCAAAAAUUGAGGGAGUCUCUGGGAGAUAUUCCACCGGUUGAAGCAACCAAUAGUAGUCGCCAAAUCUCGGAAGAAGAGUUACAGAAAAAGUUAGAUCUUCUUGGGAAAUCGCCAUUUGCCAGCAACUAUUCUAGUAGCAAUAAAAGUUACGGUUACAAGCUCCCAGAGGUAAUACAUUUGCUGAAGGAACUGCGCAGUGAGACUCUAGAAAAGCUUAGGAGUGGUAAAGUUGAAAUUGAUAGCAGUGCACUAACAUUAACGGAAGCCAUAGCAAAAGAACUGAACACAAAGCUGCAAACAACAACAACAUUGAAAUCCAUACAGAAGAAGGGUGAAGAGGAGAAACACCUUAUAGUUCUGAAAAUGGAACUGGAUAUUACACUUGUUCAGUACGGAAAAGGAUGUACAACAGAAGAAGCUACACAGAACGCUGCUGCAGCUCUGUUAAGGAAUCUGCUCCUUCUGUCAGCAGGAAGGAGAUCUGGGUGAACUGUUCUCAUAAAAAUAGCCAUCUGCCCCUCCAAUGAUGUUUGUUCUCCGGCCAGUCACCUUUGUGCCUCUCUUUAACAAGAAAAUUGAAUUAAGUAUACUUAUCUUCAUCAUUUAUUUGUAUCUAAUUUCUUCUGUCUGUACUUUCAGUAAGAAUAUUGUAGGUCACCUACACCAUUAGCUCACUUUACAUGACUAAUGUAAACAAAUUUAAAUGAUGAUUAACAAUUCAACCUUAUAUAGGGGUGUAUGUUGUUUACUGACAAGGGCUCUUCACAGUAGUCAAAAAUAGCUUCACAACAUCAAUAAGUAGAUGAUCAUUUACUACCAGAUUUAUCUAAAAGUUUCUAAAUAAAAUUUCAGCAAUGGUAUAGAAACAGUCUAGAAUAAACAUUUUUUUUUAAUGCCACCACUUACCUGUAGCAUCAACUAAUUAUUGAAUUCUGGUCCAGUAAGUAAUUAUAUUGGUUGUGUUUGUGUAAAGACAAGACAUUACAUGUAUGCGGUGCUUUGUCAGCGUUAACAGAUACUACAAAUAAAUGGACACAAACUGUAA